UUGGUGUUUGAUCUCUGCUGACUUUGCGUUUGUAUUGCUUUUAUUUUUUGUUUUCUCAUAAUUUCCUAUCCAAAACGAAUGGUUUGCGAAGAUCUUUAUUAUUAGGAUGACCAUGGAAAGGAGGAUAAAGUUAAAAACUUUAAACAGUCACAUUACUUGUAAGAUUUGCCGCGGAUACUUCAUCGAUGCUACUACGGUCACUGAGUGUCUUCAUACGUUUUGUAAAAGCUGCCUUGUGAAACAUCUAGAGGAAAAUAAUACAUGUCCAACAUGCAACAUAGUGAUACACCAAUCACAUCCACUACAGUACAUCAGUUUCGAUCGCACCAUGCAGGACAUUGUUUACAAACUAGUACCAGACCUACAGGAUAAUGAAAUUAAGAGAGAACGAGACUUUUACCGUGCAAGAGGUUUACCAUGUCCUAAGGAUGCUGCUCUAGCUGCAGACAAACCUGGUGCAGGUGACGAGCCAGAACAGCAAGAUAAUAGUGAUUGCCACAGGAAAGAUGAACAGGUAAAUGUAUGUUUGGAGUGCAUAUCAACAUCACUGAGAACACUAAAGCGUGGUUUUAUCAGAUGUUCAGCGCAGGCAACUAUCACACACCUUAAGAAAUUCAUAGCUAAGAAAAUACUAAACGGUAUUGAGAAAUAUAGAGAAAUUGACAUUUUAUGUAAUGACGAAUUACUAGGUAAGGACCACACAUUGAAAUUUGUUUACGUCACUAGGUGGAGGUUCCGAGAUCCACCACUUCGGUUACAGUAUAGGCCCAAAAUAGAUAUAUAAUUUUACAAUUUAAGAAGAUUUAUAAUAUUUACUAUAUGACUCAUUUUUAUGCAGUUAGGUUUUAACCAAAAUGUGACAGGGAGUCAUUUCUUUAAUGACCACAUAUUGUAUUAGAUUUUAAGCACCUUCAGAAUCACAUUAUUGGACAGCAGUUCCCACAAAAUUCAGGUUGAUAAGAAUUCUUUAUAGAUAUAAAGUUAUAAUAAAGUAUAUUAAUUUCUCAAUAUGGUUUAGUUUUUACAUAAAAUCAAUAACUUUCAUUAAUAAAAACAGUUUUGAAUUUUUCUAACAUUUGAUGUUCUUAUCCAACAUCAAUGUCUGCUAUCAUGGUUGAUCAAAAAUAUAUCUAGAUUUUAUUUAAUUACUAUUACAUAAUAAUGACAUCAUACAAAUUAAAAUGUAGUCUGUUGUUUAAAAUUAUAUGAUCAAAUAUAAAAUCAGUCCUAUCAUAUUAGAAUUAGUUUGCACUGCUAGUAAGAACUAUAUUAUUCUGUAAAUAUUAUUUUUAUGUUACUCACUUUAGACAUUAACUUAAUUAAAACAAGCAACAACUUAAUUCAUGGCUUCCUACCAUACAAUUAUUAAUUUUGAAAUAUUAUCUAGCUAUAAUUUAAUAGUUCAAAUUUUUUAGGUUUCUUUAUAUAAUUUUCCUAGACAAUAUUACUUAUAAGCCAGCAUUAACUAACAUUGUAAAUAAUAAAUGUAUAGUAAACCAUGUACCUUUUGUAUUUUUGAUGUGGUUAUAAAUUUGUGUACCAGUACAAGUUGACAUGAGUAACUAGGAAAUAUUGUUUGAUACCAUUUGCAUCAAACACAUUGUUCCUGUCUAAAAGUUCAAUUAUAAAAAAGCGAUCUUAUUAUGAAUAAGACUCGCUUAAAAUUCAUGAUAAUAUAGAAAAUUGUCACAGGCCGGUUUUAAUUUAUGAAAUGUUUCAUUCUAUGUCAAUUUAUACAUUAACCACUGUAUGAAUUGUAUAAGUUAUUUCUUCUAUAUGUAUUUCGCUCACUGCGCUUUAAUUAUUUUUAUGUCCUUAGUUUAUUUUAUUAGUUCAAUGUUCCAUAUUUGUUAUAUUGUUGUAACUACGUCAAAUUUUCGAAGUUCAACAGAAAAGAUUAUUUAAUUAUAAAAAUAUUUUAUUUGACUACAGU